AAACCAGAGCUCACUCUCAAUCCCUCCAAUGGCUACUCCCUUCAAACCGCCAUUGUUUCUCUCUCUAACCUUCGCUUUCUUCCUCCUUGGCUCUUCUUCCUCUGAGGAAUCCACCCUUUUGGCCUUCAAAGCUUCCAUUAAAGACUCCACGAACUCUCUCUCCAACUGGGUCUCUUCUUCUCCCGCUCAUUUCUGUAACUGGACUGGAAUUUCUUGUGUGAACGAUUCUUCGCCCUCGGUUUCCGCCAUUGAUCUUCAAGCAUUGAGUCUCUCCGGUGAAAUUUCCUCUUCCAUUUGCGAACUCCCGCGUUUGGCCCAUCUUAAUCUCGCUGAUAAUCGGUUCAAUCAGCCGAUUCCUCUUCAUCUCUCGCAGUGCACCUCGUUGGAGAGUUUGAAUCUAAGCAAUAAUCUCAUCUGGGGGACGAUUCCGGAUCAGAUUUCUCUGUUUGGUUCGUUGAGAGUGCUUGAUUUUGGGAAGAAUCAUAUCGAAGGGAAGAUUCCAGAGGGCAUUGGGGCUUUGAGGAAUCUCCAAACUCUCAAUCUGAGGAGCAACUUGAUUUCUGGUAGGGUUCCCUCUGUUGUCUUCCGUAAUCUGACUGAGCUUCUUGUUGUUGAUUUGUCUGAGAAUUCUUAUCUGUUGAGUGAUAUUCCUAGUGAUAUUGGGAAGCUUGAGAAACUUGAGGAGCUAUGGCUUCAGAGCUCUGGUUUCUAUGGGGAAAUCCCUUCUUCUCUGUUGGGUUUGACAAGUUUGACUGUUUUGGAUCUUUCACUGAAUAAUCUCACUGGGAAACUCCCUGAUUUGUUGGGUUCUUCUCUGAAGAAUGUGGUGUCUUUUGAUGUUUCACAGAAUAAGCUUAUGGGGUCUUUCCCUAAUGGCAUUUGUAAUGGAAAAAGCCUCAUAAAUCUUAGUCUUCAUACCAAUUUUUUCACUGGGACUUUGCCCAAUUCCUUGAACCAAUGCUUGAAUCUUGAGAGGUUUCAAGUUCAGAACAAUGGGUUUUCUGGGGAUUUUCCUAAACCCUUGUGGUCUUUGCCAAAGAUUAAGCUCAUUAGAGCUGAAAACAAUGGCUUCUCUGGUGAAGUUCCUGAGUCUAUAUCAAUGGCUGCUCACCUCGAGCAAGUUCAGCUUGAUAACAACAGCUUUUCCAGUAAAAUACCUCAGGGUCUUGGGUCAAUUCGUAGCUUAUACCGUUUCUCUGCGUCGCUCAAUCACUUUUAUGGUGAAUUGCCACAAAACUUCUGUGAUUCACCAUUGAUGAGUAUAAUUAAUCUGUCACACAAUUCUCUUUUGGGUCGAAUUCCUGAGCCGAAGAACUGCAAGAAACUUGUCUCUUUGUCCUUAGCAGGCAAUAGUCUUACUGGAGAAAUACCCGCUUCCCUUGUUGAUCUACCUGUGUUGACUUAUCUUGAUCUUUCUAAUAACAAUCUCACUGGUUCAAUCCCUCAAGGACUCGAGAACUUAAAGCUUGCGCUCUUCAACGUCUCAUUCAAUCAACUAUCGGGUGCUGUUCCAUUCUCUUUGAUCUCAGGGCUACCAGCUUCGUUUCUGCAAGGAAAUCCUGAUCUUUGUGGCCCUGGCUUGAAAACUCCUUGUUCUCAAGGCCAUCCCACACACCAUAUAUCUGGACUUACCAAAAUGACAUGUGCCCUAAUCUCUGUAGCUUGUGUUUUAGGAGUUAUGAGCCUAGCUGCCGGGGUCAUUCUGUAUUACCGUUCUUACAAACUGAAAUCCCGAGUCGAUAACUGGCACUCGGUCUACUUCUACCCUCUUAGAAUCAGUGAACAUGAGUUGAUCAUGGGAAUGAAUGACAAAACUGCACAAGGAUGUGGAGGAGCCUUUGGCCAAGUGUUCAUUUUAAGUUUACCGAGCCGCGAACUGAUCGCCAUAAAGAAACUGGUUAACUUCGGGAGUCGUUCGUGGAAAUCAUUGAAAGCCGAGGUUAAGACGUUGGCCAAGAUCAGGCACAAGAAUAUCAUCAAGAUUCUGGGGUUUUGUCAUUCUGAUGAUGCCAUUUUUCUGAUUUAUGAAUUCUUACAUAAGGGAAGCUUGGCUGACUUGAUGAGCAGAAAUGAUUCUUGUCUGAAUUGGAACGUGAGACUGAGAAUUGCCAUUGAGGUUGCUCAAGGACUGGCUUACAUUCACAAGGAUUACGUCCCACAUUUACUUCAUCGAAAUGUCAAAUCUUCGAACAUUCUAUUGGAUGCCGACUUUGUCCCAAAACUCACGGAUUUUGCUCUUCACCAUAUCGUUGGAGACUCUGCAUUUCUCUCAACCGUGGAUUCAGAAUCUGCUCACUCCUGCUAUAUUGCACCAGAGUAUAAAUAUAACAAGAAAGCAACAGAGCAAAUAGAUGUGUACAGCUUUGGUGUAGUGUUGCUAGAACUGGUGACUGGGCGACGAGCCGAGCGAAUGCAAUCAUCGGACUCUCUCGACGUCGUCCAGUGGGUGAGAAGGAAGGUCAACAUAGCCAAUGGAGCUCCUCAAGUCUUGGACCCAAGCGUCCCGGAGCCUUCCCAACAACAGAUGCUGGAAGCACUGGACAUUGCCCUCCAGUGCACUUCUAUGAUGCCCGAAAAACGACCGUCGACGCUGGAAGUUGCCAAGGCACUUCAGCUAAUCAGCUCGACAACGAACCUCCACGACGCAGCCUGCUCGGUUGCAGAGGAUGGUUCGGUUCCGAGCUGAAGGACAUCUCUUAGUCCAUCACUUGUCACUUGUUGUAUGUAUAUCCAAAUUCACAUAUCUUUCUGUGGGACUUUUGAUUGGGAGAAUGCUGUGUUUGGGGCAUGGUAUUUCUGAGUGUGCUCAACAAUCAAUGGUAAAUACAAGAUUUUGUUCCUUUUUUUUUUUUUUUUUUUUGGUCUCAGAUGGGGAUGCUUACAUUUUGGUGUAAUGUAAUUGCUUUGAAGUUUUAUGAGGAAAUCAUAUGAUAUCUUUGAAGAUUUUUUGAUCUA